AUGGAGAAUCAAGAUGAUAACCAUCUUCAAGUCAUAUGGGUUGUGGCUCUGAUGGAGAAAGGAAUUACGAUUCCAGAAUCGAAGAAGAAGAAGGCAGCUGAGGAAACAUCUACAGAGGAAGAUGAUGAGAAGAUGGUUGCGAUUCUUAUGAAGGAUGCAAAAGCUCUGGGGAUUAUUCAGAACUCAGUUUCUGAUAAGAUCUUCCCUUGCAUUGCUAUGCUGAUUAAGCUAAAAUGGCAUGGAAUCUGCUAUAUGAAGAAUAUCAUGGUGGUGACCAUGUCAGAUAGAUACAAGGGAAAGCCUGAGUGUUACAACUAUGAGAAAUUUGGACAUUUGGCUAGAGAGUGUACUGCAAGCAAGAAUGUACAAAAAGCAAACUGUGCAAAUCAAAUGGAAGUGACUGGAAACCUAUUCUAUGCCAACAAUACUAUUGCUGCCACAAAUGUUAUUGGAGAAUGGUAUAUAAACAGUGGUUAUAGCAACCACAUGACUAGAAAUGAGAGUUUGCUGACAGAUAUCAGAACAAAUGUGGUAGGCAAGGUACAAAUGCCAAAUGGUGAGCUUGUGAAUGUAGCUGGAAUGGGCACAUUGGCAAUUGAUACUACCAAAGGCAAAAAGUAUAUCAAGGAAGUGAUGUAUCUUCCUGGACUGAAAGAGAAUUUACUAAGUGUGGGCCAAAUGGAUGAACAUGGUUACUAUCUAGUAUUUGGAGGAAAAUUGUGUAGCAUCUUUGAAGGUCCUUCACUAGAGUGUCUUGUAAUCAAAGUAGAGAUGAAAAGGAAUAGGUGUUAUCCCUUGGCACUAUUAUCUAAUGAUCAUAUUGCACUAAAGGCAAGUGUAUCUAACUUUACUUGGACAUGGCACAAAAGGUUGGGUCAGCUGCAUCUAAAAGGACUAAGUCAACUCAAAGAAAAAGAUAUGGUGCAUGGACUGCCAUUCAUGGAAAAGGUUGAUGGAGUCUGUGAAGGAUGUCAUCUUGGAAAGCAGCAUUGA